UAAAAGCUAAGAAACGACACCGUUGACACCGAUCGACGUUACAGCUUCGGUUUUCUACUUUUUCCCUUCCUCCCUGAGUCCCUGAGUAAUUCGCUAUAGCUGCGGCGUUUGACCGAAACCUUAAACGUCCACGGAAAAUCUCCGAUCGUCGGCGUUCUGGUCUUUCACUGUUUGCUUCGCCUUGAAACCAAAUUGAAAAAAAAUGUCACAAGGAUGGUUUUCGAUGGGCGGAAGUAGCAGCGGAGAUCAGAAGCAGGAGCAGCAGCAAUCGGGUUCGUCUCUUCUCGCUGAUUGGAAUUCUUACGCUGCCUCGAGAGAUUUCGAGGAAAGUGGCGGAAGCUUUGGCUUUGAUAUCGAAUCCGCCGUUAGAUCUGCCAAUGACACUGUUUCUGGCACCUUCAGUGUGGUUUCAAAGGGAGUUAGAGAUAUUCCGGGAAGCCUGCAGUCAGCAACCAGCAGUAUGCCGUCAGGAAAAGCACUGAUGUAUUUCGGUUUAUUUCUCGCCAGUGGUGUGUUCUUCAUCUUCAUUGCCUUCACAAUGUUUCUUCCAGUCAUGGUGCUUAUGCCACAGAAAUUUGCCAUUUGUUUCACCAUUGGAUGUGGAUUCAUCAUUGGAUCCUUCUUUGCACUUCGUGGCCCACAAAAUCAGCUUGCACACAUGUCAUCGAUGGAGAGGCUUCCUUCAACCCUAGGUUUCAUUGCCACCAUGGUUGGUACCAUAUACGUAUCGAUGGUUCUCCACAGCUACAUUCUCUCAGUGCUCUUCUCUGUGUUACAGGUUCUUGCGCUGAUUUACUAUUGUAUAUCCUACUUCCCUGGUGGGUCAUCCGGCAUGAGGUUCCUCAGUUCUGCUCUCACCUCAUCUGUGCUAAGAGUGUUCGGGAGAUGAGCUUGCACAGCCAAUUUGUGAGAAAGAACAAUACUUUACUUAUUGGUGUACAAAGAAAGAUGUCAGAGCUUUUUCCGUAUGCUCUUUAACAUAGGUUUGAUGAAAAUACUUUAAAAAGACAAAUGAUCUUGAAGUAGAUGUUUAAUGAAGAACCCAAGUGAUGUUAUAACUAUCUUCUUCUUUUUUUAUUACA